AUGCGAGCCGACUUGUCCGCCCCUAGCUCAGUUGCCUUUCAUGAGCUUGCAAGCAGCGAGGAGCUCAGAUUAGAGCCUGAUAUCAGCCUAAGUAUUGCUCGACAGGAUAUUUUGACCAUUUCUGAUGUUUUAAAAUCCCUUCCCGCUCAACCCACUUGCGACAUGUUACUUUCUCAAUACUUUAAUUCCCGAUAUAUGGUCUUGGGGAUCGUGCAUUAUGGAAAGUUUCGCAUUGAAUACGAGAAUUUCUGGAAACACCCCCAAAACGCUUCACUUGGCUGGCUUGCCCUCCUCUAUGCCAUAAUGAGCAUGUCGACGAUCUUAAACAGCAAAACAAAAGCCCCAACCGCCCCCAGUCAACAAUCAAUGGUCUCCACGAAAGCAUUACAGCAGAUGGCGGCCCAGUGCCUCGUCUUGGGCGGAUAUGCAACUGCGAAGGAAUAUGCGUUGGAAGCAUUACUUCUGUACCUUCAAAGCCGAUUCAUAACACAAACAAACUCCAAUGCACAACUGUGGCUCGAGCUUGGAACUCUCAUUCGACUUGCGUUUCGAAUGGCCUACCAUCGCGACCCUAGCCAGUUGACAGAUAUGCCCGAAUUUGAAGGUGAAAUGCGCCGCCGUGUCUGGUUACAUGUCUUUCAGAUUGACGCCCUGGCUUCUUUCCAUAUGGGUCUUCCGAGCAUGAUUCCCACGGAAUAUUGUGACUCGCAAGUUCCAAGGAAUUUAUAUGAUACAGAUCUGUAUGUGGGCAUGGAGAGCCUGCCUCCUUCGCGUCCACACACAGAAUUGACUCCGAUACUCUAUGGGGUGGCCAAGGCUGACGUCAUGGGCGUCUUCAAGAAGAUUGUCGCUCACACACAAUCUCUUGCUUCUCCCGGAUAUGACGAGACGCUUGCUCUAGAUCGCGAAAUGAAGGAAACGUACGAAAGAACUCCAGAUGUCCUACGCCGGAGAGAUGUCUGUCAAUCUUUCAUGGACUCAUCCGAUAUAAUUUUGGAGCGCUGUACCAUCGAACUGCUAUAUCUGAAGGGUAUUGUGGUACUUCAUCGGCGCUACAUUCGACACGAACCUGAGAAUCCAACGUACGAACUCUCGCGCCGUUUCUGCUUAGAAGCAGCUCUCGAGAUUCUUGCCCGCCAAGCAGAUAUACACCAGGCGACCCUCCCCGGCGGGCGCCUGCACGAGGAUCGGUGGAUGGUCACUUCUCUGACCGUGCAGGAUUUUCUCCUAGCCGCUAUGGUGGUUUGUCUUGAUCUUUCUGUGAGGAUGGAGACUCUCCAAGAAGAAGAUGAUCAGAGCUUUCCGUCUAGAAAGCUGCAUGCACUCCAAGUUUCGCAGAAGAUAUGGUCAGCAAAUGGGAGCUUUCCUCCUCAAUCACGCCUAGCCUCGCUAGCCCUAGAUUGGAUGAUCCAAAAGGUGAAAAAGGUGAAGGUAAAUCCCCCUACUGAAAGUCCUCACGUCCCAGAUACAGACAUGUAUUCUUUUCCUGGGACUGAGUUGCCAUAUAUUGAGACUGUGUCUGAUAUGAUCGAUGGCACGGAAGCUCUGGAUUGGUCUUUCAUAGACCAAUUUUUGCAGAGUCCGGGGGUGAACUCGCCUUGA